AUGUUCCAAAUCCUAUACGCUGCUUUCCGUGAGAAUGGCAAACCUGCUGGCAAGCCUCUUGCUCUCGAACCCCCUAGUCCUAGUCUCGACCUCUCCUCAGAAAAAGUACUAUCUGUUGUUCAUUGCGAUGAAGUUGGGCCAGCUAUCGUCGCUCAACACACUCUCUGUGAUGAAAUCGAACAUCCCCAGGUUCUUCCUGGAGCUAUGAGCUAUAGGCUCCUCAAUUCCAUCGAUGCAAUUGAGGAUGCACACCUAAAGAAACAUAUGCGGAAAGGUACUACUGCCAUUGAGACUCUGGAACGUCUUCUUCAGAGAGUCGCCCCGGGGAUCAAUCCGGUUAUUAAUAUUGGAAAGUCUGCUUUUAUCUGUAGUCCACAGAUGUCGGAUGAGAACCAGUGCUUCAACAUGUCAGAAGUUUUCAAUGAGGUCCAGCUCCAAUUCGGCAAUGGCGUCAAAUCAACCCAAUACUUCAACGCACGUUUCUCAGCAAUCAAACCCAGGCUUUUGAAAGGUCCCUCUCCUGUUCGGUUCAGGAGCAUUCACAUUAAUUCCGGCAUGUGUUUGGGUUCCAAGGCAGCCUUGGCAAUGUCCCCAGGCCAUGGCCAAGGUGACGAAUGCGUUAUCCCCAAGGUACCCGAAAACGAAGAGCCGACUCUGUAUGAGCUAGAGACUAUCGCCCGACUUUCGUCUGGUAUUGCAGAUGCUGCCGCACUUUUUGGAGGCUGCAGUAGCCACACUGCAAUUAGUGUCAGCCUCGACGUCCCCGAUUUCCAGUACUACUGGACUGUCUGGGAGCUCUUCAACAAAAAGCUGGUUACGAUGAGAUAUGUUCAAGAAUGGAUGGCUGCUAUCAAGAGGAGGCGGAGUCAACUCCAAAACAUAAUGGUGUCUACCAUUUAUAAAAUGUUAAUGGAUCGGGGAAUUGGUGAUAUCAAAGUGAACCUCGCCUCUUCUACGGGAGCGGCAGUGGAACUACUCCAGGAGAGAUCUCUAUCUGGCAUCGUUCCCUCUCUAGAGGAACUCUUACUUGCCUUACAGACACAGGGGACUGACUCUGCCCAAUGGGGAGAGUUCCUCACCCACCUCGAAGCAGGGGAACAACCAGCGGAUGGUACAGACCUCGGAAAAUUGAUGUAUGUUUUCGAGGCCGUAAGAUAUGCCCUGAAACCCCAAUCUCCAACAAAUGAGAACGCACAAGAAUCCCAUGGUGAAAAGCUCAUCAUCUUCCUCGACGACACGGCAGAAUGUCGGAUAUUCAAUCGCGCAACCAAAUUCAUCAAACGCUACUCGGAAGAAACAACUAUGAUUGGUCUAUUUCCCUUACAGCAGAUUCUAGCCGCUGGCUAUGGCCGCUCAGACCUCUAUAUGAACUGCCCAGGCACAGAUCUACGUCUGGAACGUGGGGAACUGAGAAUCAAUCUAUUCGAUGUCAUUAAAAUGACCUACGGGCCGCAAGCUGCAACACUACUGCAGCGUUCGUGUCAGGAGCAAGGCUUUCGGACCGAACUGGCCGACAGACGUCAUGAGAAUGGAUGGCCUCUUUUGACACAGGAUACUUUCAAAUUCUUGGGGACAUGUGCGGCAAUUGGAGCUGCUAUUUGGUUCAAGGGACGGUUGUGGAGCUAG